UGUGGUGUUUGCACCAAAGCUGUGUUUUCAAGAUGUGAAAUCUCUGGAGUUGAAACCAGGACCGCAACCUCAAAAUGUGAAUUCUAAGGAUUUGAAUUCUUGCCUCCGGCAGAAAUCUGUGGUGUUUGAAUCAGAGCCACGUUCUCAAGAUGUGAAAUCUUUGAAAUCAAACCUAUUGCCACAUUGUCAAAGUGCUAAUUCUUUAGGGUUGUCAACAUGCCUCAAGUCACCACAUGCUAACUCUGAGACCUUUGCACCAGAGCCAUGUUUUCAAGAUAUGAACUCGGUAGAAUUGACACCAGGGUUCCAACAGCAAGGUACGAAUUGUCGAGAGCUGACUUCAGGAUGGCAAGGUAUGAAAUCGGUGGUGUUGGCACCAGAGGCAACUAAAAAGUUUGCACCAGGACCAUUGUUGACUAGCGUUAAAUUUUCAGAUUGGUCUCCGGAAUCACAGCAACGAGAUGAGAAAUCUUUGGAGUUUACUCCAGAUCCAAAGUUGCAAAGUAUAAAACAUGUGAAAUUGUCCUCAGCCUCUCUACAGCAAGAUACAAAAUCUGUAGAGUUAGCACCGGGGGCACUGCUUCAAGGAACAAAAGCUGAGAUGCUAAAUCGGAAAAGAAGCUAUCAAAUCACAGACUCUGAGAUAAUCCCUAGGCCAGGGCAUCAGUUUGUAGAAUGUGCAGAGAUGAUCCCGACACCAAAGCAUCAAGUCCCUAAAUCUAUGAAUUUGAUUUCAAUACCAGUUUAUCACAUCACAGAAAGGUUGGCACAUCAAGGCAACGAAACCACAGAAAAAUCUGUGGAGUUGACCCCAAAGCCAACAAGUAAAGCCAUGGAUUCUUCAAGAGUGCCUCUAAGGCUAGAUCUUCAAGUACCAGAAUCUGUUGAUCGGACUCCAGUGCUAAGGAAUCAAGGUUCUAAAUCCUCGAAAUUAACCCUAAAGAAAAGCUACCAAAUCCCAGAAACUCUAGAGUUGCUCUCUGAGUCACGGCCUCAACUUAGAGAUUUGAGAGAGUUACAUACAAGGCCACUGCAGCAAGCUGUAGGAUUUGAAGAGAUUACACCAGAGCCCAGGCAUCACACUACAGAAACUGUGGGAUUGACCUCCAAGGCAAGGCAAAAAGGGAAGGAAUUCCUCGGAGUGACCCCAAAGCCAGUAAGCGAAACCACUGGAUAUUCAGAGAGAUGUCCUAGGCCCUAUCCUCAAGCACUAGAAUUUGUGGAGGUGAUCUCUGAGAAAAGACUGCAAAGAGGAGAAUCUGACGCACUGAUUACAAAGCCAUUGCAUCAUGUUCCAGAAUCUCCAGAAAUGACAUCAGGGCUAGGAUAUCAAGUUCCUGAAUCUGUGGGUUUAACCUCUAGGCAAUGGCUUCAAAGGAGACAAUCUUUAGAGUUGCUCCAAAAGCAAACAGGUCAAGCUGUAGGACACACAGAGUCUGUAGAGCUCACAUCUGAGACAUGGCAGCCAGAGAAUGGAUCAGUGGGGCUACCACAGUCAGAGAAUCAAAGUAUAAAAUAUUCACAGAGAGCUCCAGGAGUACGGGCUCAAAUUACAGAAGUUAUGAGGAUUAGUCCAAAGCCACUAGAUCAAGUCCCAGGAUCCACAAAGACACAGCUUCAAGCUGCGCUCUCAAUAGGAAUAACCCCGGGAGCCCCCCAAAAAGUUACUGAGUAUGUGAAAGUGACUCCUGGGCCACCACUUCAGGUUGUGAAGUCUGUAGCAUUACCAGGGCCAGCCUUUCAAAUGAUAGACUAUGUUCAGCUGACCCCAAAACUGCAAGAUGUGAGACCCUCUGAGUUUACCUCAGAGCUGUGGUUGCAAAGUGUAAAAUCUAAAGAAUUAACCACAGAGCCAACACACCAAAUUUUGGACAUAAUGAAGUCGACAGGCUUUCAGAUUGUAAAGACUGUGUUAAUCCCAUGGCCACCACUUCAAAGUAAAUCUGAGGAGUUAGCACCAGGGCCAAUUGCUCAGGUUGUAGAACCAAUAGGAGUAGCAUUAGGAUCAGCGAUAGAAGUAAUAGAUUGUUUCAAUCUUCAAGAAAUGGUAGAACCCGUGGAAUUAACUCCAAGGCCAAAUACCCAUGUGAAAUCUGCAGAAUUACUCUCACAGCCAGCAUGUCCCUUUGAGGAGCCUGCAGUGUUCACUCAUGAACAAGGGCUUCAGGCUGUGAAAGCAAUAGGGAUAAAAAUAAGGCCUCCUCAAAUGAUGGAAUCUGAGGAUUUGAAUCUACGACAGGUAUAUCAGAAUAGGGAAUGUGAGGAUUUUACAUCAAGAGAGGAGUUACAAAUAGAGAACUAUCUCUCUAGAUUUCUCCAUAACUCUUCCAACUCCCUCAUCACAAGUUCUGAUGAAACAGAAUUCGGAAGCCUUUGUGAUUUUGAGGUGCCAGAAGUAUCAAGGGCCUUGGAUAUAAGAAACAUUGGGACAGAUAUUUUUCAGCCUGAAGAGUCCUUUAUAGACCCUACUAUGAUACAAUCUUCAACUCUUCCCUUUUCCCUUCACAAUCAACUCUCUGAUAAGAUAGCUAACAUUGUAGAAACUCCACAUUUUGAGAGCUCAGGAGUGGGUGUCCUAUCUAAGACGACUGACAAGAAGCAGGUGGAAGAGCUAGGGAACUCACUCCAGGGCCUAUCCCAACAUCCACCACAAAGCUGGAGAUCACCACCUAGGACAUUCCACUCAGGCUCAAGAAUUCAAAGAGGCCUUACCAGCUCUGUCCUGGGCAGACAACAGAACGUCUGGGAGAGUCACUCCUGGAGACAGCGACUACCUCGAAAAUAUCUCUCCAAUAUGCUAAUGUUGGGGGAUGUCUUGGGAACCACGAUGGAAAGGAAGCUUUGUUCUCCAACAUCUUUAAUGGAAAGAGCCACUAGAGAUAUCCGUCAAUCUAUCCAGAAUUUAUUUGGGGUUCCAGCUGAACUGAUGAAGCCUUCCCAGAGUCUGCUAGAGAAAGGUCGAGGUGUUAUUCCUCAGCCUUCAGUGGCCAGAAACUACAUUCAGAGGCACACUUCAUGUCGUGGUCACGAGCAAAGAACAGCCUUAAGAAUAUGGACACGUAGCUCCAUGUCCUCCAUAAUACAGCAAUAUUCUGGGACUAGAGUGAGAUUAAAGAGAAGUUCAAAGCUCACUGAUAUAUCCCAGGACAUCUUUCAGCACAUACCAUUCAGCACAUCAGAGGGCCAGCCUCCUGCCCCAGUACAGCUAGAGUCUUCCUUCAAUAUAGUUUUCACCAGGAAAGAUUCUGUUCCAGUGGAAGAGAGUGAGAACUCUUUGAGUUUUGAGUCCCAACACAGUCUCAAGCCAAGUUAUCUUCCCCACCAGGCCAAGACUGACUUCUCAGAACAGUUCCAGUUGCUACAAGAUCUGCAGCUAAAAAUAGCAGCAAAACUGUUAAGGAGUCAAAUACCCCCAAAUGUACCUCCACCUCUAACUUCAGGUCUGGUUUUAAAAUACCCUAUCUGCUUACAGUGUGGCCGAUGUGCAGGAUUUAAUUGCUGUCAUAAAUUACAGGGCACUUUCGGACCUUACCUUCUUAUCUAUCCACAGCUCCACCUUGUACGCACUCCUGAGGGCCACGGAGAGAUUAGGUUGCAACUUGGCUUUAGGUUGCAAACUGGGAAAAGACCCCAAGUCCCAAAGUACCACAGAAGAGACAGACCCAUCACACCACGAAGUCCUAUAUCACCAUCGCUAAGGACAGCGAAAGUCUAUACUCGAGCUUCCAAGAGUCCUACUUCUACGAUAUAUUUCCAGUCUGGAUCUUCCCAGUCUCCUUCUCCUGUACGAGUCCACAUCAGGCGAAGGCAGUAUAGAGGCCCUGACCUAGUAGGAAAGACAGAAAUUAGAAAGCCGGGGCUCUAUGAAUUUAGUCAGGUUCACUCUCUACCAGAGAGUGUCUCUGAAAGCAAUCAGAAUGUAAAAUGGGCUAAAAGGAAAACCAAAAAGACCCAUAAUCCAAAAUACCCAUACCCAAUGAAAAGAAUCACCAAGGGAAGCAGAACACAAAACACAAAACUCUACACAAAUGGUAGAAGCAUAAUACAGAGUCCUUCUAGGGAAUUACCAGCCCAGGUAAGAAGCAAGAGGACUGGAACAUCUCAAACUACCUCUGCGUCUUUAAGAAGACAAUCUAAGAAAUCCUCCCAACCCAAAUUCAUUCAACUGCUUUUGCAAGGCCUAAAGCAAGCAUUGCAGACAGCACACAGAAUUAUGACUUCUGCCGGGCAGAAGCCCGUGGACAGGCCACGGCCAGACCAUUCGUGGUCAAGCAAAAACCAGCAUCUAAAACAAAGAGCCAGAAAUGAUUACCUAUCAAGAGAUAUCAAAAGAGACAGGAUGUCAGUUGUUAAGGUAAAGCCAGUAGACAUAACCACUAAGCAGAACAUGUUAUGGGAAGAAAGAGAGCAAUUCAGAUCAGCUCAACCACCAGAAAGAGAUAGCUCUUUCCAACUCAGACGUACCCAACUGCCUAAGCCCAUAGUUUCCCAAGGAAGUGCCGCUUUCAAAACCAGUUCACUUGGACAGCCUAUGGGUAUUGUUCAAAAUGACUCUAGCAGCAAAGGUAAGAAAAAGCUCUACAGAAGUGAAAUCUCUAGCCAGGAGUCCAAGAACUCCAAAACAGGAACCGGAGUUCAAGUCGGGGGGAGAAAUCUACAUGGUUCACCUCACAGAACCUCACACAGCCACCUUAAAGAGAAACUCGCACCCAAGAAGCAAAACCACAGCUUCUUAAGGGAGAGAACCCCAUAUAAUUCCUCUGUAAGGAGCCAUCGCAGUCCCUCUGAGAGGAGAUGUCGCAGUCCCUCUGAGAGGAGCCAUCGAAGUACUUCUCAGAAGAGCCAUCACAUUCCCUCUGAGAGGAGCCAUCACAGUCUGUCUGAAAAAAGCCAUCACAGUCUCUCUGAGAGGAGCCAUCAAAGUGCCUCUGAGAGGAGUCAUCGCAGUCUUCCUCAAAAGAGUCAUCACAGUCCCUGUGAGAGGAGCCAUCACAGUCUUUCUGAAAAAAGCCAUCACAGUCCCUCUGAUAGGAGCCUUCGUAGUCUCUCUGGAAGGAGCUAUCACGGUGCCUCUGAGAGGAGCCAUCGUGGUCCUUCUCAAAAGAGCCAUCACAGUGCCUCUGAGAGGAGGCAUCACGGUCCUUCUCAAAAGAGUCAUCACAGUCCCUCUGAGAGGAGCCUUCGAAGUCCUCAAAAGAGUCAUCACAGUCCCUCUGAGAGGAGCCAUCACAGUCUUUCUGAAAAAAGCCAUCACAGUCCCUCUGAUAGGAGCCCUCGUAGUCUCUCUGGAAGGAGCUAUCACGGUGCCUCUGAGAGGAGCCAUCGUGGUCCUUCUCAAAAGGGCCAUCACAGUGCCUCUGAGAGGAGGCAUCACGGUCCUUCUCAAAAGAGUCAUCACAGUCCCCCUGAGAGGAGCCAUCGAAGUCCUCAAAAGAGUCAUCACAGUCCCUCUAAGAGGAGCCUUCGGAGUCCUCAAAAGAGUCAUCACAGUCCCUCUGAGAGGAGCCAUCACAGUUUCUCUGAAAAAAGACAUCACAGUCCUUCUGAGAGGAGCCCUCACAGUCCAUCUCAGAAGAGCCAUCACCGUCCCUCUCAGUGGAGCCAUCGCAGUCCUUAUCAGAAAGGCCAUCACAGUCCCUCUGAGAGGAGCUAUCGCAGUCUCUCUGUAAAGAGCCAUCGGAGCCCUUCUGAGAGGAGAUGUCGCAGUCCCUCUGAGAGGAGAUGUCGCAGUCCCUCUGAGAGGAGCCAUCGAAGUUUAGGAUUAAUCUGAGAUUUUGUAAGCAAUCAAGUACCCUCAUUUGACAAGUAUUGUAAAACAAUCGUUAUUGUUGAAAUCUUUGAAAAAUAAAAGAGACCUAGGGGGAGUGGUUUCUUAACCAUGUUGAUUAAUUCCCAAGAUGUUAAUCAUGCUGAUCAUAUGAAGUAUUGUUUUUUUUGGUUGUUGUUAUUAUUGUUUUUAAUGUGCUUAUGCUUAUUCAUGAGAAGGGAUAUGGGUAUAUUUGAGUCUUACACUGACAGUGAUGAAAUUCCUAUGGUGACAGUUUACUAAGAGGAGUCAGAGGGGACUUGACUCUUAUUGGCCUCCUGAUACUAGCAAGUCUUCCAAGUAGAGAUUUCUCCCAUUGUUUUGGAUGGUGGGUUUUGGUCCUAGAGUACUGCUAAUUCCUGUUAAAAUUUUUUAUACUUUUACUGAGGUACCAUUGAAGUACAAUAGAAUGCAUCUUUACAGUAUACAUACUUAAAGCAUACAGUAUGAUCAGCUCUUUUUUUUUACAUUUUUAAAAUUUAAAUCAAAUUUUCAAUAUAGAUUAUAACAUCCAGUGCUCAUCCUAUCAAGUGCCCUCCUCAUUGCCCGUCCCCCAGUUACCCUAUCCCGCUCCCA